CGCGGCUCUGCCCCUCCGCAGGUGAACGUCAGCUCGGCCGUGCUCAAGGCCGCGGCACAUCACUACGGCUCGCAGUGCGACCGGCCCAACAAGGAGUUCAUGCUGUGCCGCUGGGAGGAGAAGGACCCGCGCAAGUGCCUCCGCGAGGGCCGCCAGGUCAACGAGUGCGCCCUCGAGUUCUUCAGGAAGGUUAAGCUGCACUGUGCUGAGCCCUUUACUGAAUACUGGACGUGCAUUGACUACACCAACAUGCAGGAGCUUCGCCGAUGCCGCAAACAGCAAGCAGUGUUUGAUAACUGUGUACUGGAGAAGCUGGGUUGGGUGAGGCCUGACCUGGGAGAGCUCUCUAAGGUCACAAAAGUGAAGACAGACAGACCUAUGCCUGAGAACGCUUAUCACUCUCGACCUAGGCCGGAGCCAAAUCCACCCAUUGAAGGAGAAUUGAAGCCUUCUGCAUUUGGCAGUAGGCUCUUUUUCUGGAGCUGGUAAAUUGGGCAGCUUGUGCUGCCGCUGAAAUGCAGAGAUACAUGACUUACAACUGUAAACAGUCAAAUAUGCAUUGGGAAUA